AACUUGCGGAACACAACUUCCUCCAUUUGGUCUACACUAGAGUCGGCCCUUGCAAGUGCCACAAGACGAAGCCUAACAAGCACCGCCUGCCCCAGAGCCUACCUAUACAGUAGUAUUCGCAGCAACAGCAGCAGCAGCCAUCGUCAACUUCGUGCUCGACCAGUUGCCGCGCAUCGCACCGCAUCGCAUUGCAUCGCAGGUUCCCGGUCUACUGCCAGCCUUCAGCCUUCAGCCUCCCCCUUCCACCUCCCAUCACCGCCGCAUCUUCCUCCGCCAUCAACAGCUCCACGCAGCAGGCGACACACGUCGAGCACCAGAGACCUGCCUCCCGCACCACCCAAAAACAAGGUACCUACACACAUCCUAGGUCCCAGCCCUCCGUCCCCUGGUUUCCACUUCCAGCCCAGCCGCCGCCCAGCCCAGCCAGCCCUCCGAGAGCCCAAGGCCCUUGGCCCAAGGGUGUCACAUCCCUCCGCUCCCUUUCUCCACAGCUCCAAAGUCACUGCUAACAUUUCGCUGAGAGAAUCCACCUCACACGCGAACGCCCGCCCAUCCGCAAGCUGGGAGCCUGCGACCACGGCCGCUCAGGGUGCUCUAGCCUCACUCGCCCCGUCGUCAUUGUCACCCGCCCUGUCGGUCACUGUCGCUGCCACCACGAACUGCCCACUGCUUAGGCACAGCACAGCACAGCACCGCACCGCACCGCAUCACUUCAGGCCCUCCUGCUUGCUUUGCUUCGCUUCAUCUCUUGUCUCGCGACGCGAACUCUCGACCUGA